AUAUUUUAAUAUUUACUUAUUUGAUUAAAAAACAAAUUAUGGACGUAUUGAACGUGUAUAGUGUAUUACUUUAGUAGUGUACAGGGGUGUAUAUGUUACUGUGAAUGUCCGCAAUUGGUGAGUGCUGACAAUCACCUAGUGUCCUAGUCCUAGUGAAUGUCGACAUACACCUACUAAAUUGGUGAAUUUGAAAAAUUAAAAUAAUAUGGACAUGUACUAGUGGAUGUUGGCAUUUACAUUAGGAUUUUGGUCAAUGUUGACAUACACAACACGGUUUUGGUUAAUGUUGACAUAGGUUACGUACUCGCACAUAAUAUUAUAGUAUAGUACUAUAUAGAGUAUGGACUACCUAGUGGUUCCCAACCUGGAGGGUAAUUACCCCCAAGGGGUAAAAACACGAUUUUUUGAAGGGUAAAGGUUAAACUAUUUAUUUGAACUAUAUAUUUAUUGUGAUUAAAGAUAAAGUUCUGAAAAUCUCCACAGCACUUCUCCUAGCCAAUGUGAAUCUAACAAGACCCUAAAUAACAAAAUCCGUUCUCCAGUUUCGGUAAUCUACCUAGCUAAAUAAAAAAUUUAGCAAAAAAUAAUUAUUUUUUUAACUGUGAAAAAUUAAAUAAUUUUUUUUGAAAAUUUUUAAUCCCACAUUUUGUUUUUACUUGAUAAUCCCUUUUUAAUGAGCUACCGACCAACUUUUUAGCUAUUAAUGCUAUUAUAUUUUUGGAGAAAAGUUAAAAAAUAGAAAUUUUGGGAUUGUUCACGCCGACGUGUUUGUGGAUUAAAAUCGUUAUACCGCUUGGGUGUGAUUCGGAUCUCUCUCAAUAAUAUUUUAUGUUAAAGCUAGUUUAAUUAUCCACCUAAUUAUUACAACUGAGUUACAUUUUUAUAAUUUUUCUAUUUAACAAAAAUUCUUGAAGUAUUAACAAUUCAGACUUUUUUCAUUUCAAUUACCAUACUUACUUGAUUAAAAAUCAAGAAAGUAAAAAUGUUGUUUAUCUAAAAUUUAAAGCGAGUAGUAUUAAUGUAUUAUACAAUAGCGGCGCAGGUCGGAUGAGGCGGAUCUAGUUUUUUAGUCUAAUUAGAUUACCUCUUUAGACGCGCCUUAAGUCUGUUUAAAUUUGAAAUUGUUCGUUGAUUGUUUCGUCGUUCAUUUUAACAACGCGAUUUUUAUUGUUCAUGCUAUAUACUGCAGCUAUUGCACCAUUGCACGUCGGUUUUUGUCUUAAAUUCUAUAAUCUCGUACAGUCGUACUUUGUUCUUUGGAACAUAGUAAGUGAUUGCUAAUGUGAAGGUCUAAUAUCCUACCUCCAUACUAUCUACAACCGUAACCAUGCUGCCAAUGAUACCACUUCUCAGUUUAUCAUUAACCCACGUGACUCGUGUUUUGUCUUAUGCAAUUCAUCAACUGCUGAAUGUUAUUAAUACAAAACAGUCAGUUAUUGUUUUCAUCCGAUAUCCGUUAGUCGUUACUCGUUAUCGUAGCCUACUAUAUGUCUGUAUCGCUGUCCCGUUCAUGAGUGCGCAGAAACUCGGUGGUGAACGAUAAACGGCAGACGCCGUGAUUGUCUAAGCAACAGUCGGUCAGGAUUAUCUUGUCUAUUGGAUUUUGCGGCGGUGGAUGUGAUGGAGGUCGACAGUGACUCUGAGCCCAGUGAAAUUGUGGAGUUUGAGGGAUACACGUACGAGAAAAAGUGGGUGGGUGACACCAGUGACUGGGCGCUGUGGAAUUGUGUGAAACGUGGCUGCACAGGACAAGUGGCUACGACUGCCGUUCGGAAAAAACGGUGGCGGGGGAAGCGGAUUGCCGUGCUCCGUGAUGUCCCUGGCAAUCGGUUAAGGGCGUUCGUAUCACGGCGACCGCACAAUCACGCGCCUUUGGCGGCGAACGGUAAAGAAAUAUCUAGUCAGAUUGAGACGACGGCUGAAAUAGCCGAACCGACGACGACGACAAGUACGCCUACUACGAGCUUAACUGACCCAUCGGCUAUCCCAAGUUUUAAAGUUUUAAAUGAAAUUGAUACAUUUCAUUCAUCUGAAACAAAUUCACUCACAGGUGUUGAAAAUACUUGUUCCAUUAAUCUGGAUAAUCUGUCAAAAAGUAUGGAAACGGUCGAACAAACAGUAAAUAAUUUUGAUGAGGGUAUCAAAAUGCCAAAUAUUAAUGGUACAAUAGAAUUAAAAGUAGUCAAACCUAUUAGUCUUAUUGAUCACAAUGCAAAUUCAGAAGAAAGAUAUUUAAAAGAUAUUAGUGUUACAACUGAUGGUACUAAUAUUAUCGAAAAUAUAGAAAAAAAUGAAGUUAUGCAAAUUAAACAUGAUAAUUCAGAAAAUAUGUCUUCUCAAAAUAAAGAUGAGGAAAUUUUGUGUCAUGUGUGUGACACAUUUUUUGAUGUAUGCUAUUAUAAUCAACAUGUUCAAACCACCAAACACUUAAGUGCGUGUGAAGAAUAUUUUAAAGACCGUAUUGAUUUUGAAAAUUAUAGAAUAUUUUCGUGUUCUGUUAGUGUUACUAUAGCAGAGUUUUUUAAAUCUAUCAAAGAGGAUUUUACCAUUUUAGUAAACCACCUACUUUUAGAAAACAGUGCACUUGUGAUAAAUGUAUAUUUUUUUGCGCUUUAUCAUGAAGAUAGCUCAGUUAUAGAAAACAAAAAUAUAGCUGAAGUAAAACACUUUGAUGUAUGUAAUAAGGAAUUGACCAAGAACACUGAUGUAUAUGAGUUGUACAAGGACAUUGUCAAUUCAGUUUUAUUUCAAAGUGAUGCGUUAGAAACUUCAGAAUCUAGUUGGACUCUGGAAGAAACACUUUAUGUCGAAAUAACUAUAGUGAAAAAAUUAUAUGAAAUUGAAAUUGCAUCAAAAUCACUUGUUGAGAACAGUCAUAAUAACGAAAUUAAUGAUAAUAACAUUGACACUGAUAAUCUUAAAAAAACUGAACCCUUGCAGCUGAUACGAUGUAAACAAUGUUGUAUUUACAUUAUUCAAAAAAAUUAUGAGUAUCAUCUUAAGACAACUGCGCAUAAAAUAUCACUUUGUUAUUUGAACAAUGAAAAAAUUCAAAUAAAUGGAGUUCAGUGUGACAGCCGUUUUUUAAGUUGUCGUUUACUCUCGCCAGAACAUGUUUCAAUUGAUCAAUUUUUCCAAUCAAUUGAGUCUGAUGUGUUGGAGUUAAUUGCUAGAAUUAUAAAAUUUCAAAACAAUGGGCCGGUCAAUGUUACUAUAAAAUUAUUUGGUCUUUAUAAUAACAGUUUAAUGAAUACAACUGAUAACUUAGGUGAUGUCAAAUCUUUUUUGAUAAGAAAUCAGAUUCUUUCGGAAAUUACAAUUUUGCUACUUUGGUUUCAACAAAUAUCAAAUAUAUUGAAGUCUCAUCACCAAAACUAUUUAAAAUCCAUGCCCCAAUCCUAUUAUUUAGCUCGUGUUAUGUUUUUAGACCUAUGUUUUUAUGAAAUGACUGAUAUUUAAGAGACUUAACAUUAAAUGUUAUAUUUUUGUUAUUAUUUGUAUAAGAUAAUUGAUUUUAUAAUUUAUCAGACUAUUGAAA